AGAUUUGUUGAUGUAUUCUUCGAGGAAUGUUCGUGCUGGAAAUAAGUUAGCCAAAAUUCAUCGUGUGGUUGUGUUCGUAAAUAUUUUUCGAUUUUUUUCUCUUUUUAUUCGUGAUGAGUGUUGUGAUAAUUUACCUUACCGAGGAAAAUCGCGGAGCUUCUGAAGACGUGAUCGAGUGAAUAAACUGAAGAAUAUUUUGGAAACCAAAUUAACCGUUUGUACAUCAAGAAGAGCACCUCGCCGGACAUCCAACAAAAUGACGUCAUCGCAUUCGGUCAUCAAAUUUUCAUACCUCUUCUACUUCUUCCCGUUCAUCGGCUACGUCAGCAGCAAUACCAUCAACACCAGCAAUAGCAAAUCUACCUGCAUCGGAGGAGGAAGGAUUACUCCAGGAUGGACAUUUCCUACCGGAGAUAUCUCGUUACAAGUGGGUUCACCGUUGGAAAUCCACUGCUCGUUGAACUUGGACCAUUCCGAGUCCAAGGGUUACUCAGCCAAAGACAUUGUGUUCAGAAAAGGAGACGAAAAGGUAGACAGCAAAUACGUAACCGUGAUUAAUGAGACAACAGCUCGUUUGUACGUUGAUAAUUUAACUAGAGACGACUCGAACGAGUAUUAUUAUUGCUCUUUGGUAGUACGUGGUAGCGAAAGUAGACCUAAAUCGUUGCCUAUCCUUGCCCCUCAGACAUACCCACCUUGCUCGAAAGCACCACGUCGAUCGAAAGAUCCACCAGAACUGUCUAUUGGUUCGAAUUACGUGACUCUCAAUACCAAAGAACCAAAAGGGUUGAGAAAUUUCACCUGUUAUAAUCUCAACUGGCAGACUUUGAAGUGUACCUGGGCCGAGCCAAAGAACGAGGUCGAGACGAACUACUCGAUAUUUUACCAAAUUCCUAGAAAAAUCCAGAGAAGUAAUAAACUACAAUACGAGUGUGCCAUUCGCGAAAGAACAUCUUGUACGUGGACUACGAGCACGUUGCCUCGUUAUAGGCCCUUUUUCAACUACCUAUAUUUCCAAAUAAAAGGCGUUAACGAAUUCGGCGAGCUUAGCCAAACUUUCAAGUUCAAUAAUUUCCAGAAUGUCGUGCCAGCAGCUCCUACUGAAAUCGUAGCCGUUGGUAAAACCACCCAUAGUAUCGAAUUGCAAUGGAAUAUCGGUAUGUGGACCAUCUUCAAUAUGGAUAUGGAUUUCAUGGUGAGAUUCGCCUCCGAUUCGACUAAUCAAGAUUGGAUUGUGCGAAGGUAUCAGGGCAGUGACACCCAGAGACUCAACGAUACUGUUCGAGUCAACGUGACUGGUUUAAAUUACCCAAAUAUGGAGUUCCAAUUCAAAGUUUACAUGAAAUCGCCUCUAGCAGACGAAGAUUGUUGGUCUGAGCCGGCCACCGGUGUAUUUAAAACCGCACCUUGUACUCCUGAGGUGGCACCUCAAAGUGAUAUGAGUGCUUUUGAAGUCUACUCGGAGUCUGUAGAUCGUCGAGACGUUCUCGUGUAUUGGAAACAAAUUCUACCCGAAGGGCACAAAGGAGACGAUUACGAUCUUAAGAUAACAGUUUGGGAAGAUAGCGUGAACUGGAGAAACCUGAAGCCAGGUUUUGUCUCUUGCUCGUACGCCAAUUUUACCAAUCUUUCGUUCAACAGCUACGAAUUUAUCGUCAGAUUAGUGAGUCGUAAGGGCUCUCCGACUUACUCUUCGACUAUUUAUUUACCAAAGAGACGAGAAAUCUUGCCCAGACCGGAGGUAUUCGCCAAAAAGGACCUAGGAGAAAGUGCUUAUCACUUGACUUGGAAAUUAACCAAUACCCCCGAUAUCGAUAAAAUCACCGAUGUGACUUUAUUGUGGUGUGAAUCGAAUCGAGAUUACUCGCAUCCUUGUGCCAGCCCCUUCAAUUGGACGUAUUUGUCACCUGAAACGCUGGAAUAUAAUUUCAAGGGUAAUCCGGAUGUAGCAGGAUAUCAAUUUGCCAUCAGUGUCAACUCGAGGAAAUCCAGCAGUGGUUUGUCUUGGGCUACCUGCGACCUUGCUCCAAAUCAGCUCAAUAAAAUCAAAUACGUGUGGACUGAUGAGGUAGGCAGCACUUUCAUCAGUUUGAAAUGGAAAUUGGAAUGUUCUGAAAGUGCCCACGGUAUCAAAGGCUAUAAUGUGACGUAUUGUCCAGUAAAGCAAACAAAUCUUCAAGUAUGUGCCGAGCUCGAGAAAACUUUAGUGGUUUAUGGAAAUGGGAAUGUCGAUUACGCAACCAUCGUCGAUUUGAGGCCAUCUACGACUUAUAAAAUAUCUGCGUUUGCCUUCACAGAUACGCUAAUUGGACCAUCUAGUGUAGAUAUUUGGAGCUAUACUCGAGAUGAAGCGUUUGGAGAUGCUAAUAAGGGUGCGGAAUUGACAUCUAACGACAGUAGUACGGAAUCGGUGUGGGAUAUGAUGGAAAAAAAGGUUCGUACUUUGAGAAGUCUUUCGAAUGAAAUCAUCUGCGAGAAUUUCCUUAAUUUAUGUUCGAAAAAUUCAAACGAAGUUGAUGUUUCGAGAUCUACUAACUAGGUUUUUAAAAGUGAAGCAGUAUUGGGUGAGUGAGUUGUUUAUGUAUGUAUACGAGGUGUUUCGUAAAGCUGGUUGGUCGGUUGGGUACCAAAGAAACCAUAGUUCCUAUAGAAAGCUACCUACUUACUCGUAAUUUCUUAAAAUUAAAUUUUUAAAAUGAUGGGUUUAAAAAAAUCAAAAGAAAAAAAUGAUUUGAUUGAAAAUUGAGGAACAAAAGAUGAGGUAGACAUUGAAAGCAAAAACCUUUUUCAUCAAAAUUUUCGAUUAAAUAUUCGAAAACUAUAAAGGAAUUGAUAACAUACCUAGGUAGUAGGAGUAUGUUUAUUUCUGAGGAGUAAAGAUCAGUUUAAAAAAAAUAUUCGAUGGUCAGUGUGACUUCUUCGAUCUUUAUUGUCUUUUCUAGACAAGAUUAUUUUUGGAGUUUCGAGACGUACUGGAGGCUUCAGAAACUUUUUUGAUUUUAAAAUUUAAGAAAAAAAUUCAUAAAAAGAACCAAAGUGAAUUUAGCACCUGUGAACUUGAGUUUAUGUUCUUUUUGACUUUCUCAAUUGAUUCAGGCACAAAUUUUCAAAAAUUAUCUCUACAAAUCCAAAAGUAUUAGGUACCAUUUUUUUUUCAACUUGAAAAUUUUAUGGAUUUUUUGGAGGCUUUAGAACGGUUUGAAAUUGUCACUAAUCAAUUGGAGAGAUCAGAUCAGAAUGAAGGUAUGUACAAGCCAAAUUUCAGGUAACAUUUUUGAUACCUUCGCAUAGGCUUUGGCUUUGCUUUGUGAAUAAGCAAUUUUUUUGGUUUUCCAAAAAAAUACCGAACAAGGGAACUUUUUGAACUGGAACUCUCCCAUUUGAACUGGAACUCUCCCAUUUGAACUGGAACUCUCCCAUUUGAACUGGAACUCUCCCAUUUGAACUGGAACUCUCCCAUUUGAACGAAACCCAGCUAGAUCGAAAGAGCAUGUCCUAAAACUCCCCGUACCCAGAACUCCAAGUCCCAAAGUUCAUUCUUGGAUUUUUGGUAAAUUUUUAUAAAAAUUAAAAAAAUUCAAAAAACCUGUUUUAAUGACAAAUUUUUUAUGAAAUAUUAAUUUUUUGAACGCAGUGAUCCAAUUUAGUUUUUCACAUUUUCUGGAAUUUACAAAUUGAUCAAAAAUUUACUUUCGAACUGGUACUCCUGGAAUUUCUUGGUAACCUCUUAAAACGGUGAAGAGGGCGUCCAAAAAGCACCAACCAAAUCUGUAAAAAAUGCUAGUGUUGAUUUCUGGCCUUUCCAGAGGAAUUUGAAGUCUCUUGAGGAAAUUGAAAAAUCAUUGGAGGCCCCAAAAUGAUCCAAAAAUGGUAGUUGUUGAUAUGUGGGAGUUUAAGCUAACAAUUUAUUCGCACCAUGGUUCAUUUUUCUCCAAAAAAAAUGCGCAUUUCAUGCAUAAAUUUGAAAAUCGACCUAAUAACAACUUUUUUUUUGGAUUUUGUAAAUUUCCAAAAAUUUGCCAAAAAUCCAAAAAUAAACUUUAGGUCCUGGAAUUUUAGUUAUAGGAGUUUUCUGGAGAUCGAAAGUAAUUUUUAAACCAAAUUUCAGCUUUCUCUAUAUCUCAUUUUGAUUAAAUUUUGAAUUAGAUACUUACGAGGUAUAAAAAUUCGCCAAAAAUCAAAAAAUAUGAUUCAGCACCUGAAAUUCGAUCUGGUUAUGUAUCUAUGAAUGCUUUUUCGAUUUCCAGUCUUCGGUUCAAAUAUUUUACUGGUCAGGAUAGAUCAAUCGACUGAAAAUUAAGAGCUGUCUUGCUGAAGGAGACAUUAGAUAGAUUUGUAGUGUAAUGAAUGUUUGACCCAAGACUCUAAAAAUACGAUAAAUUUCAUCUAUUUGGAUCCAGAAAGGUUCAAAGAAGUUCUCGGGAGGCUGGUGCUAAAUCAAAAUAUUUCCAAAAAUUAUUAAGUGAGGUAUAAAAAAUUAUAUUUUUCAUCUCUCAAGACGAAAACCCCCAGAAACCUUUUACACUCCGCCUUAAUAAAUAUCAAAUAGGUACCUAGUUGAAAAGAUUAAAACUUUUUUCAAAAUACCUACGUGGUUUUUAUUUAUUUAUUUAUUUAAAUUCAAACUGUUGCUAAUAAAUUUAUAUCUACCUAUAUAUUGUAAGAUUAUACUAUUAUAUACCUACCAAUAACUGUGAUACCUAAUUAAUUACUUGUGUAAAUUUUUCGAUUUAAAAUGACAUUUUUUUUUGGAAAUUUUGAAUAAUUUUUCGUGUAAGCAUGUCAUAUGUUAGAAAUUAAAGAUGAGAGCAUAUCGUUUUUAACAAUGUUAGCUAGGUAUGGAUGUAUCUUACAUGUCGAGAUUUUGUUCAUAAACGAACGAGAAAUCAAGAAAAGAGUAUCUCAAUGUUGGAAGUAUGUAAAUAAAAAUUCUAGUUUUUUUUUUAGACUUAAGUUUGUAUGUAUUUUUAAUAUUUUUUUUUACUCGAUUUGCAAAGGCUGUAAUGAUAACUGUUUAUUUUAAUGUUUGUAGGCUAGUGAACUCAUCUAAGGUGUUGCCUUUAUUUUUAAUUUGAUUAAUUAUAGGUAUGUAGACAAAUUAAGAAAUUUAUUUAGCUAAUGUGUAAUUUAUGAAUAUUUUCAAAAAUUAGUUCUCUUACGUAAUAUUUUAUUUUUAGCAUCUAAUUGUAUUUAUUUGCAGAUGUAUUUUGCAUAAAUUGUAUUUCUUAUUUAUUUAUUUUUUUUUAAUUUAAAUAUAUUUUUACGUAAUAAUUAAGGAUUGCCGACUGAUACCUACUGUGAUAUUAAUUGGGUACAGGAUACCUCGUAGCUACCUAUGUAUUUUCGUAAAUUUUUCGAUUUAAAACUGCAUUUUUUUUAAAUUCUCAGUUUAUAUUGGAAAAAGUUUUUUAAAAAAAUUGUUCCUAUCUCAAUAUAAGUGCAUAUUUUUUUUUGUAAAAAAUUAAAUAAAAAUCAAGAAAAAAACUCAGAAUUUUUGAAAAAAGAUUAAAUUUUUUUCAAUUUCUUAAUUUGACUUUCAUUUUAUAGAACUUGGCACACUGGGAGUGUGCUAUUACAGUUAAAAGAGCUAACUUUCAAUGCUCUGCUUUCAAAAGGAAAAAUACUCGUAGCUUAAAUUUACUAGAACCGAAGUGAGGAAUUGUAAAUUUUGAAUUUGCUUUCGACUCGUGUGGCAAAAUUUUCAUUUACCUAUCAAACUUUUUUUCACUUCAGGUUCUGCAUAGUGAUAUGAAAUACUGUUUCAUUCAGUUUCCUAAUAAUUUUCGUAUUUUUAGUGAUUUGCAUGAGUGAAUAUUGAUAGGUAUAAAUGCCAAAUAUCGCCUUCGGUGCCAUAUUUUUUAUUUUUAAGCUGUAUUCGUUUAAUGUUUUAUGUUCAUGAAGUAUCUAUAUACUUGUAUCUAGUUAUGUAAGGCAAAUGUGAUUGUUCAAAAUGAGAUUCCUAAAAUAUAUUUUAUUACUUUCAAGUACAUA